AUGGUAUUCUGGGAGGGUGGGGGGCAGGAACAGGGUAGGAACAGGGUAGGUAUCUUGGUUGAUAAGGACCUCCGUGAACUAGUGGUGGAGGUUAGGAGGGUGAAUGACAGGCUGAUAACUAUUAAGCUAGUUGUUGGAGGUUUUACUUUGAACAUAAUUAGUGUGUACGCAUCCCAAGCAGGCUUGGAUGAGGAAGUCAAAAGGCAUUUCUGGAAGGAUUUGGAUGAAAUGGUGCGUGGCAUCCCGCAUACCGAGAAGCUUUGCAUAAGAGAAGAUUUCAACGGCCACAUUGGAGCGACGUCUGGGGGGUAUGAUGAUGUGCAUGGUGGCUUUGGUUUUGGAGAUACAAACGGAGGAGGAACGUCUCUGCUGGACUUUGCUAGAGCAUUUAAUUUGGUGAUAGCAAACUCGAAUUUCCUGAAGAUGAGGGAGCACUUGGUCACCUUCCGGAGUUCGGUGGCCGAGACUCAGAUUAAUUAUUUACUCUGCAGGAAGUCCGAUAGAGGUCUUUGCACGGAUUGCAAGGGCAGAGAAGUUGAAGAUGGGUGGUGGACUACUGGACUGAGGCUUAUUGGGGAGGGCUCGAAUGGAUCUUGUUGUACUGAAAAAACAGAGACAUGGAAAAAGUUUUGUUUGGGAAGAAGAUUCAGAAAAGUCGACAAAGAAGAAGACAUCGAUGCAGAGAAGAAGGAAGAAGAAGACAGCGAUGCAGAGAAGAAGGAAGAAGAAGACUUGGCCUAA